GCAUCAAAAUGUCGCAAGAAAGUGUAUCAACCUCGAAUAACGUGUAAUGGGUGUGAAAGCCGAAUUGCUGGGCCACGUUUCAAGUGUGUUGUGUGUCCUGGUUAUGAUCUGUGUAAAGUCUGUGAGGAGAAAGGACUUCACCCAGAACACGAGAUGAUUAAGAUGCGUAAACCACAGAUUGGUCGUAGCCACAUGGAGGGAUUUACCUCCCGUCCUGGUCUCUGGCAAUUCGUAUCUGGUGGCUUACGACCUAAGAUGAAAUGGAACCGUGUAUGUAGAGAACGACGGCAAGAACACACAGAAAUGCGUUCUGAAUAUGAUUCAGAAGCCACAGAAGUUGCUUCUGGGAAUACAAAUGAGGGAACCAACCCACAGCAGAAGCAUAUAAAACAUACUGUUCAUAUGUCAGGAACGUUAACGAUCCCAAAACAGAAAAGACUGGUGCAAAGAAAAGUGAUUUCUAAAACAUCAAAUAAUGAUGGAAUGGAGUACAGAGAAAGUAAAGCUAGUAAAAAUAACCACCAGCGACAUCGUUUAAACCAACGUGCAGGAAAACAUUUCAUAUUGCAAAAACCGUUCGGAUGUUGCAAGGACUGCAUACCUGAAAUGAACAUUCUGUCAACUCAACUUAAAAGAUUCCAACAAGAACGAAAAAUGAAGCAACACAGGGCAACACCUUUCAAAAGUCACAAGUGUAAUGACCCAAAUAUACUGCUCAUAACGACUCCUUCGCUUUUCAAAAGAAUCAAUCAUUUAGAAAAAGAAGGAAUGAUCAAGAGAAACUGUUCCACACUGACAAAACCAGUUAAAGAGCACGGAUGUAUUGGUCCCAAAACGUGUGUCUCCGCUGGUAAACGGUAUAGAAGAUUCCAUCAAAUGUAA